AACUGUGGGAAAUGUAGUUUUGAAAUUGCAACGUAUAAUUCUUUGCUCACUGAUUAAAACAAACAAAAACAAAAAAACAGUCUAAUUUGUAUGUCCUGUUAAGAAAAUAUCGCUUUUGUUUGUGGGCUUAAUUCCUUCUUCAUCAUUGUGGCUGAAGAGGUCAACCGUCUGUUGGCAAAGCAAAGAGCGACAAUCCAGCCUUGUCUGGCGCAGGGAGCGGUUAGUUAAAGGCGCUGGUGAACAAGAGGCGUUACAGGCGGAGAGAAAAGGUAGGGGAAAAAAGAAGUGAAGAAAGCUACAAGAAGAAGAAAAAGGGGGCUUAUUUUAAGAGCUAUUCUCUGAAGUUGUACAACAUGAACUGUGAAAUCCUGGAAUGAGACUGAACAUAGUCAACAUCUCUUUUAUUUCUGUCAGCCAUUCACACUGAGCCUGGUUCUGCUGGAGGUUUCUUCCUGUUAAAGGGGAGUUUUCCUUUCGACUGCCGCUACAUGCACGUUAACCAGGUUCUUGUUGUGCUACUGGUGCUGUUGGCAUGUUUGCUUCUACAUAGUUCACUGAAAGCCUCAACUCAACAAAAAAAAGUUUACAGGCAGAGCCAUCGUUUUGCAGCAGUAGAUCUCCAACCUAGAGAGGCAGAGACAGAUGUUGUCCCUGUUAUUAUCUGUGCAUCAGAGGAGCGUACAGGGGCAACCAUGGCAACCAUCAACAGCAUCAUUAGUAAUACAGAUGCAAGUGUUUUCUUCUACAUUGUUACUCUGCGUGAUGCAGUCAAAAUUGCAAGGAGGUACAUAGAGAAGACCAAGCUAAAAGGCAUCCAGUAUAAGAUUUUGGAAUUUAACCCUAUGGUUUUAAGAGGAAAGGUGAAGCCAGAUUCUUCUCGUCCUGAUCUCUUACAUCCACUUAAUUUUGUCAGAUUUUACCUACCUCUACUAGGGAUCAGCCAUAGGAGGGCCAUAUAUGUGGAUGACGAUGUCAUUGUGCAGGGUGACAUUAAGGAUCUUUAUGACAUAAAACUGAAAGCAGGACAUGUGGCUGCUUUCGCCUCUGACUGUGACUUACCCUCCACACAUGAAAUGGUUCGAAGCAUUGGCAUGCAGACAACCUACAUGGGCUUCUUGGACUACAGAAAACAAGAAGUGAAAGACUUGGGCAUCAACCCAAGUGAGUGCUCCUUUAACCCUGGAGUGUUUGUCGCAGAUAUCAAAGAGUGGAAGAAACAGAAGAUCACCAAACAGCUGGAAAAAUGGAUGGAGGAGAAUUUCAGGCAGAACAUUUACAGCAGUGCCAUGGCAGGAGGUGUGGCCACACCGCCCAUGCUUAUAGUUUUUCAUGACAAAUACACAACGCUGGAUCCUCUGUGGCAUGUCCGACACCUGGGCUGGAGCCCAGAUGCCCACUAUUCAGAGAGCUUCCUCCAGGAGGCACACUUGUUGCAUUGGAAUGGUCGAUUCAAACCAUGGAAUUACCAGGCCGUCCACUCGCAUCUGUGGGAAAAGUGGUUCAUACCUGACCCGUCUGGAAGAUUCACUUUGACACGGCCUAAUAGUGAUAAAUAAGGCCAACCAGCUUUUUUAAUUUCUCCUUCAUUUUUGUGGUGUAAGUUUUUCUUGAGUGUGUUCAAAUGUGAACUUAAGAUGUGGAAACAAGAAGUCCAUACUUGAAAACUUGGAUAACAAACUCUGAAUCAUUGUUCUUACACUGACAAGUAAAUUGUGAAUAGUGAAUACCCUAUAAUAAUUAAAUAAUUAGUUCAACUUUACAAUUUAGGAAAGCAAUAUACAAACAGAUAUUUAAUAAUGGAUUCAAAAAUCCACUUUAAAACUCCUUUAAUUUUUUUUUUGCUACUUUUUUGUACUAUAACGAGGUGCUGGUGUUGGGGUUGCCAAGUGAUGCCUCUCCUCUAAGAUGUCCAAAAAGGGUUUUAAUCAUUUUUUUUUUUUUGCCUGUAAAGUUUUAAGUAUCAUUUAUGAACACAUUUAAAGUGCUGUAUAAAAGUAUUUCUUCUGGAUUUUCUUUGUAACUAAAAAAUGUUAGUUUUUUUUUAUCAUCAAAUUGUCAUGAAUCACUGUUUUUUGCAUGAAUCUGUUUUUUUUUUUUUGCUCCCUCCUUAUUUGUUCAUCUGUUGUCAUCCCUGAGUGUUACGACCCCACUCGGUCUAGGGGUAAGAGGAAGUAAACAUUUGAACCAGGUGUUAUUGGUUUUGUGAAUGAAAGAGUAAUUUAUUGCUUUUCA